UGUAUAAUAUCUCUGUGAAAAGGAAAAAACUCAAAUCUCUAAGUCGAUCAGUCCACACUGAUGUGAAAACCAUUUCUAAUAGAGAGCAGUGAAAAUAGAGGCUUUUAUGUAUAAACAUGAGCGGAUCCAAAGGAAGGCAUUUAUUUGAAAAUAGAUAAAAUGUUGUUUGCGAACAAGAUCCUUAUCAAAUAAUUACACCACAAUAAUUCAAAACUAAAAGUAACAGCUCAUCCAAAUAAUUUAGUUUAGUGUAUGUGCUUCAGUAUGUGUGAAACUGUGAUCAGGUCCAUUUCAAUGAAGUCCUCAUCAGCGCUGAACAUGUGAUUAGGCUGCUUUUUGCGUUCUUACACUCUUAACAGUCUAACCUGUUAGUGUGCCAUUAUAACUUGUAAAAGACGUCAGCUACAGAGAGCGCUGGAGCUGUAAUUGCUUUUUCUUUCAUGCAGGUGCACAAGGAAUAAGAAGCAGCAUUUGAUCUCAGCUCUAAUACACGGGAAAGAUUCACUGAUUGAUUGGAUUUUACAGGAAAAAAAGGAAAACAACUGCCACUCACCCACCAACUUUACUCUUUGAUGCAGCUCAGAUGCACAAUUAUCCUGCUAUUUUCUUUAUUUCGGUGUAAAGGUGAGUGGGCGGAUGAAGCACAGGGAGGAAGAAGAAAACAAAAAAGGAGAGGGGUGGCCAAGAGAGGGAGGAUCACAUAGAGCUGAAGAGAGAGAGAGAGAGAGAGAGAGGGAGGGAGGGACGGAUCAGAGUGUAUUCUGGCUCUGUUGUGAUCACACCGACUACCGUGCUGUGAAACACCUUGAUAAAAGAGCAAGAAAACAAGGACUUUUUUUGACCAUAUCAGGACACUCCAUCGAGGAAGAAGCAGCCGUUUCUACCUGUUGUGGAAUACGAGCCAAGUCAGAUGGAAACAGCUACGUCUCCUCUGCUGUCUUGUCAGUUUUUUUGCUGAAGGAAUCAGCUUGAAGAGGCUCACUUGUCAUUGUCAUUCCGACCCCUUUGACACAGCAGCCAACCGGCACGUAGUAAACUGAAGAGUUUUGGGAUUUGUUGGGGGCAAACAACCAGCAUAAAGUGAAACAGCAAAAAGACGGAUUGACAGCUAUGGCCAAGAAACAGUUCUGAAUAUUCUUUUUUCUGGUUUUAUCGCUGUACUUUUGCUGUUAUCCCCCAGAACUGCACAGAUUUAGAUUCUAAUUCCUGCCAAAAUCUGCUAUUAAAAGCUUGUGGAGAAGUUUCAGAAUCACAGAUCCUUAAAUAUAGCAUGUUUAUUUUUACUUUAGAUUCUCCAGAGUGAUCUUAGUAGUGAAUUCAGAGAUAUUUGGUUCAACAUCCCAGGUUUGGUCAUGCAUCCCAGGUGGGUAACCUUUGACCUCCCCUUAUUACUGGGUGUGCUCCUGCUGUGGGGGCCUUCAGGGUCCAGGGGGCAGAAUGACACCGAGCCAAUCAUCCUCGAGGGGAAAUGCUUGGUCGUCUGUGAUUCCACUCCCUCGUCAGAACCUGCUGGCAACGCUUUGGGCAUGUCUGUCCGAUCCGGAUCUGGGCGCGUGGCCUUCUCCGCCAGUCGCCAGACAAACCACGAACCUACAGACAUGAGCAACCGCACCAUGAUCAUCUACUUUGACAAUAUUUUGGUAAAUGUAGGCACUCACUUCGACCAAGAGAGCAGUGUCUUCCUGGCGCCGAGAAGAGGGGUGUACAGCUUCAACUUCCAUGUUGUGAAGGCGUACAAUAGACAAACUAUUCAGGUGAGCCUCAUGGUGAACGGCUGGCCCAUGAUUUCAGCGUUUGCCGGAGACCAGGACGUGACCAGAGAGGCCGCCACCAACGCCGGCCUCGUGAUCAUGGAGAAGGGAGACAAAGCCUACCUCAGACUGGAGAGAGGCAACCUGAUGGGAGGCUGGAAGUACUCCACCUUCUCUGGGUUUCUGGUGUUCCCCUUGUGAGGAAGGAGGCCAGGAAACAGGAUGAGGUUUUGCUUUGCAGGUGAUAUGAGGAAAUUAGACAGAGCAGGAGGGUGUUUAAAGAAGCUGAAUUUCUAACUCUUUUUUUUUUUUCCCAAACGCAUGGAAGCGUGUGUUUUAUGCAAGAAACCAUCAAGGAUUGUGCAAAUUAAGCUUAAAUCUCACCUCUUUCUCUGUUUCAGCGUAUAAAUAUUUGAUGAAUUUGUUUAAGAGAUACUUUAAGUGUGACAAAAUUAUAAAGUAGCCAUGUGCAAUGUGGGCUUCUGUGUUAAGACUAUGUGAGAGCCUUUAUCUGUUUGUUUUUUUUUUUUAUCCUUACCAUGUUUGAAACACUGCUGUUCUCCACAUGGCCUCCUGUCUCGCUUGAAUCUUGCCAACUUUGCCCUUUAUUCUGCUGUGUCGUAUGACUGAUGCUCCUCUAUAUUCCAUGUCAGUAUGUCAGUAACCUAUAACAAAUGUUUAUUUACAGAGGAAUUUCUAUUGAGGAUAAAAUAUUACAAAAUAAAAUCAUCUAA